AAAAUGAACAGGGAGAAUUACCUAUGUUGGGUUGCAGAAUAAAAUGAAGAACAGACGGUGGCUUGGAUACUACUGUCUACAGAAAACCAACACAUUCCAACAGGUAUCUAGACUUCAAGUCAUCCCAUCCAAUGUCAGUUAAGGCAGGUUUAGUCAAAUGUCUAACUGAUAGAGCUAGAAAACUGACUAAUCAGAGCAAGAACCUAAACAAGGAAUUGAAACACUUAAAAGAAACUCUAGUAGUUAGUAAUUAUCCUCCGCAGUUUAUUAAAAAAUUCUUACGGACACACGAAAAACGAAAAAAUAACAGUCACACGAGUGCGAGUAAUAACGACAACACGAGUAAAAAGGAGUUCACAGCCUCCAUUGUAUUACCCUAUAAGGAGGGUACCUCAGAAGCUUUACGUAGAAUCCUCAACAAAGCUGGAAUUGGGGUGGCAUUUAAACCUACAAACUCACUCAGAGAUAAACUUUGUCGGCCUAAGGAUCCGAUAGAACCAAUUAAGCAAAAUAAUAUAAUCUAUUAAAUACCAUCUAAUGACUAUAAGGUCAAGUAUAUAGGUCAAACUAGUCGAUCGGGGUCAGUUAGAAUAGCCGAACAUAGGAAUUUAGCUAAAUAUAAAAUAUCAGACCUAAAUUAGAUCAAUAAUCUAGAAAAAAAAUCGGCUGUUGUUAUGCGUGCAUCAACACAUA